AUGUAUAUUCCUCAGCAUUACAAAGAAGAGUCGUGGGACAAAAAAAGGAAAUUGAUUCAAGACUACCCUUUGGCAACGGUAAUCACAAUCGACGCAGAUGGCACACCCGUCGCCAACCACUUUCCCUUCUAUUUGCACGAAGAUGAAGAAACCGGGAAGAAGUUCUUGCAGACGCAUCUAGCCAAAAAGAACCACCAGUUACCAUCACUCCAAGACAACAACAAGGUUCUAGUCAUUUUCCAGUCUGCAAACUCCUAUAUCUCGCCCUCUUAUUAUCCUGAAAAAGAGCGCACGCACAAGUUUGUGCCCACUUGGGACUUUGCAUCUCUCCACAUCAAGGGGAAACUGAGAGUGAUUGAUGAUUUUGAUUUUGUUCGCUCACAAUUGAACCACUUCACUGACCAGCAGGAAGCCGGCAGAGAAUGCCCGUGGAAAGUCGACGACGCGCCCGAAAACUACACCAGGUUGAUGCAGAAGGCCAUCACUGGAUUGGAGAUCGAGGUUGUGGAGUCCGAUUGCAAAUUCAAGUUUGAGCAGAAAAUGACCCGGGAAAACGUGGAUGGCACGAUCAAUGGUUUGGCUUGUGACGGGCUCCACCAGAUCUCCAACUUCGUCAAAGAAUGCAAUUUAGAUGCUUAG